AUGGCUGUGAAUACUAUGCCUCAGGAUUAUCCAGAUCGAGCUCGGUGUCUCAGUAACCUUGGGAAUUUGCUCGGCAGGCGAUUUGAGUGCACAGGGUCAACAGACGACCUCAAUCGAGCCGUCGAAACUACCGACAUGGCUGUGGGCGCUACGCCUCAGGAUCAUCCGGAUCGAGCUGUGCGUCUUAGUAACCUUGGGGCCUGGCUUGGCAUACGAUUUGAGCGCACAGGGUCAACAGACGACCUCAAUCGAGCCGUCGAAACUGCCAACAUGGCCGUGAGUGCUACGCCUCAGAACCAUCCUGAUCGAGCUGCAUGUCUUAAUAACCUUGGGAUAUGGCUUGGCAUACGAUUUGAGCGCACAGGGUCGAUGGACGAUCUUGAUCGAGCCGUCGAA